AAUCAACGUUCAGGUUACGCCCGUCCUGACCAGCGUUGAGGCUGUUAAGCGACUGCUUACGCUACGCCUUGUACAGAAAAAUUCUGGGCAAUUUCCCCGACAGUUCUCGUGAUAUUAAGAUAGAACUCAACAAAGACAUGAACAACUUAAUUAGAUCCACUGCGAGGUGUCUGCGGUCAGGGGCUGCGGUCUAUUUACCGAGACAGGCAGACGGUCGCGUGUGGUCGGCCUCGGCCCGGUUCCUGUGCGCCUCGGCGGACCUCCAGAAAGACCUUGGCGAAAUGGUGAAGAAGGACAAAGUAGUUGUGUUUAUGAAGGGGACGCCGGCACAGCCCAUGUGUGGCUUUAGUAAUGCCGUAGUUCAGAUCUUGCGGAUGCAUGGGGUGGACGACUACGCAGCGUACAACGUGUUGGAUGACCAGGAGCUCAGACAAGGAGUCAAGGACUUUUCCAACUGGCCCACAAUCCCUCAGGUGUACUUCAAUGGCGAAUUUGUGGGAGGUUGUGACAUCCUGCUCCAGAUGCACCAGAAUGGAGACUUGGUGGAGGAAUUGAAGAAGCUGGGCAUCACCUCUGCACUGCUGAAUGCUGAGAAGGAAUCCAAGUAGAGGAAGACAAGAAACUUCAAUUAGCUGGCAAGUCAGAGGACACUUUAAUCAGGUUGAACCCCCCCCCCCCCCAGAUGAUUGCAAAUAAAUCAAUUCUUUGAGCGGCCAUGGGUAACAUUGGCUCACCCUUCUGGCCAAUAAGGCAGAGCAUGAGUAUAGAUGAACGUGACAAGUGUAAGCAGUUGGUGGCAGCACUGUAUCCCGUGUCAUGGACAUUUCUGAUCCAUAUCUGUAUACAGCGUGGGGUGUGAUACAGAGCUCCUGCUGCUCUGCAUACACCGGCAGGUCCUCUGAGUUUCCACAGAUUAUAUACAUGACAGGAGAGGAGUGGUCAGAGAUUCAAAACCAUUUUUACCCAAACCUCUGUUUGCAGUUUUCAUUUUCUUUUUUGAAGCUGCGAUAAUAAUUUUUGGCCCCUAGGGGUUGGCGGGAACAAGUAGCUGAUGUGGUGAAUCAGUCAUUAGUCAUAUUUCUGGCUGCCUAAUGAAUGUAGUACAGUAUUCAACCCUAUUUUAGCUCUCUUUUGGUCUCCAUUAGCUCUUGAGAAAAUUUUGUCUCAUUAGGUGCUAGCUCCACUAUGUUCUCCAGCUAGCAACUAGCUUUAUCCGUCUGCCGUUUGGCAAUAGGCAGGUAGCACACAGUGUUUAUCAGAGCUUUUUUACUGACAACAACUGCCUCCUGUAGCCAAAACCGAGUAGACUAGAACAGUUGCGAUCCAGAAAAUGAAGAAAAAGGAUGAGCUGAAAAGAUUGUUUAAAGCUGUAUUUUUUGGGAAUUCUCUGUGGAUUUGUCACUAGGACCGAAUUCUUUCACUUUACACAGUCACUUGAUCAGUUAAUAAGAGUGGCUUUAAUAUUUUCCUGUUAUGUAACAGUUGGAGGAAAAACUUUGAUCGUUACAUUUUGGGGUACUUUUUUUUUUUUAAAUCACAUCAUGAUUUGAAAAUACUAUCCUUAGUCAUGAACAUCUAACUAAAACGCCACUGUCCAAGAAAUCUUUUCUCAUCGAGGUUGGUUCCAACCUUUGUGUUUCAAUUUAAACAAUUUACACAAGGUGACCUCCAUCAUCUCAUCUGCCCUCUAAAAGCUCUGCUACCUCUACUCUCCACCUUUAUUCCUAAACCACAACCUGUUUAAGACCAAAUGAGCCUCAAGGAAAAGAUGUCAUCACACUAGAAACCUUCCAAAUGCACUGCCUCUACAUUAUUCUAGCAGGAAGAACAAAGAGUGGGACAGUACUAAAGUUUCCAGAUGAGGUGUUAGUAAAGCUGAGGUGUGUUCAAAAUAAUAUCAAGGUGUAUGAAUUUGUUUCUGCAGUGGACCACACCUCAGUGACCUUGUUACACACAUGCGCUGUCAGUAUGACUUGGAAAAAACUAACACCAUCACCGCCAAUUUGUUCUUCCUGCAAGAAACCACAUUUUGUACAUGUCCCUCUGUUUUUUUUUUGUGCCCGCUGAAGCGCAACAAAACACCAUGAUACCUUUUCUAUUUCUCCUGAAGAUGACCGAUUUCCAACACCUGGACAAACAAAUGCAGUUAUAUUUAAAAAUUUGUUGUGUCUGUCAAGUCUGUGGUAUUUAUUAAUUUGUCGCUAAAGGAAGUGUUUUAUUUUCUUGAGUGAAUGGUGAGUGUCUUUGUUAUCUCACUGAGCCCCUGACAUUUAUCAGUCCCAACUGCUGCACACAGCUAUAUUAUCAAAGCAAUGGUCAAGUAUCGCACUGUAAGAUAUUGUACAUUGAAAGCAUAUUAUUAAAUGUAUUUUAGCUGCGUGUAAACCCUGCACCAAUUAAAUAUUUUGUGACACAAAUAA